GCGGCCCGGGUGUGGGAGGGCGAGCGGCGGCAGCACCGGCGCCCUCAGCCCUGUCAGCCGCACUCCGGUCCACGGAAAGGACGUGCGAAGGGAACGGUGCUCGGCGACUGCAUCCAACACACGACCACCAGCCCGGCGUCGCGGCCUCGCCGCAGCCGGAGCUGCCCGGCCCGGUUGGUUCUGCGGGCGCCCGCGGAGGCCCGGGAUCCGGGAUCCAGGCUGCCGGGAGGCGUGGAUGAAAAAGGAUGACAGUGAAGUUGGGCGACGCCGGCAGCGGGGAGGAAGGGCUCAAGAAGCUGGGCAAGCGGACGGCCGAUGAGGAGUCGCUGGACGGAGAGGGGCCCGGCGGCGCGGACGCGGCGGAGGACGGCAGCAGCACAAAGAGGGACGGGCAGACCCCUCGGGCCGCCGGAGCCCCAGCACCACCCAGAGGGUUACCAGCGCCGUCCCCACCGCAGGGUAGUCCCCAAGACCAGCACCACUUCCUCAGGUCCAGCGUGCGACCACAGAGCAAGAGGCCCAGGAAGGACGCGCCCUGCGCUGUGGGUAGUGGUGGUGCCAGCGGUUCCGGGCCGCGCGGAAAAGGAGGUGACGGUGGCGCAUCAUCUUCUGGAAACAUAUCUGUGGUUGCUCCCGCCACCCCUGCAGGAGGUUCGCGUUCCUCUUCCCGGAGCUUAGGCUCUUCGGGGCCUGAGAAGGAGGAAGGGAAGAAGGUCCGGAGGCAGUGGGAGUCGUGGAGCACUGAGGACAAGAACACCUUCUUUGAAGGCCUCUAUGAGCAUGGAAAAGACUUUGAAGCCAUUCAGAACAAUAUUGCUCUAAAAUACAAGAAAAAGGGCAAACCUGCAAGCAUGGUGAAGAACAAAGAGCAGGUCCGGCAUUUCUACUACCGCACCUGGCACAAGAUUACCAAGUACAUUGACUUUGACAAUGUGUUCUCUCGAGGGUUAAAGAAAUCAUCCCAGGAACUCUAUGGUCUAAUCUGCUACGGAGAGCUACGAAAGAAGAUCGGGGGUUGCAUGGAUGACAAGAAUGCAACAAAGUUGAAUGAACUUAUUCAGGUUGGCGCCACCACAGUACGUUAUAAAGGGAGAAAUCUGCGGAUCAAGGCACCCAUGUGUCGGGCCCUGAAGAAACUGUGCGAUCCAGACGGUCUAAGUGAUGAAGAGGACCAGAAGCCAGUGCGCUUACCUCUGAAAGUUCCUGUAGAGCUACAACCACGGAACAACCACGCCUGGGCACGAGUACAGAGCCUGGCCCAGAAUCCACGUCUCAGGAUGAUUGUGGAGCUACAUCGAAAAGUCUCUAGCCUCAUUGAGUUCUUGAAGCAGAAGUGGGCACUCCAUGAAGUACGAAUUCGGAAGACACUUGAGGAGAGGCAGCUGCAGGGCUCGAGCACAGCACAGACCCAGGAAAAGGUGGCACUGCACUUGUUCCCAGGCGAGAACUGUACGCUGACACCACUGCCGGGUGUGGCCCGUGUGGUACACUCCAAGGCCUUCUGCACUGUACACUGGCAAGAGGGUGGCCGGUGCAAGCAGGGUACCAAGGACACGCACUCGCUGCCUCCAGCCCAGAUCCUGGGCAUCCAGAGUGGUCAGGGAAUAGCCCGGGGCCAGGUGAAGUGCCAGAGGGGCAGUGCUGAAGCCAAGAGUGGGGGGCGGCUUCUUCCUAAUGCAGAUGCUUCACAGAGUUCAGGGGAGAGUUCCCCUGAGAGUGCUCCUGGAGAGGGAACAGCUCCAAGUAUGAACAGCUCAGAUGCCCCUGACAGGCCUCCUCAUGGGCACCAGGACUCUGGCCCGCAGCUUGAGAAGACCUCACUAGCAGCCCUUGCUGUGGGUGGGGAGAGCCCCAUUCAAGAAUCUAGGGCCCUGCCAUGUUCAUGUGGCCAGCCCCCAGACUUGGAAGAUGAACUCUCACUCCUUGACCCCUUUCCCCGAUACCUGAAGUCUUGCCAGGAUCUCAUCAUCCCGGAGCAGUGCCGCUGUACAGACACACAGUCUGGGAGAGAGCACCCUCUUCUUGGCAUGGUUGCUUCCCCAGAGGCACUCAUGCCCAGCAGCAGAGAGGUUGCAGACAACGGUCCCCCUGGCCCGGACCCUCAAACUGGCACCGAUCCUCAACUUGAGCCCAGGCUUCUGCCAGAUAUUUGUACUAAAGAGCUGGCAGAUGCAUCUCCUGAAGAGUCUCAGGAGAAAGGGAGCCCCUCAGAACCUCUGUUGUCUCAAGGACAGCCUGCUGCCAGGCCUUCAAAGGAAGUCCCUGCCAGCCAACUGGCCCAACAGCUGCGUGAAGAGGGCUGGAACUUGCAGACCUCUGAGAGCCUCACGCUGGCUGAAGUCUACCUCAUGAUGGGCAAGCCAAGCAAGCUGCAGCUAGAGUAUGACUGGCUGGCUGUGCUGGGCCCUGAGAGCCAGGUGCCCACAGCACAGGGUCAGACUGCCCUACCCCGCUCUCCGCCUUCAGCCCUCCACCAGCAGCGCCUCCUGAACUGCCUCUUGAGGCUCAUCUCCACUGAGGUCCACCCCAAGAUGGCUUUUGAAGCAAACACAGCAUCAACAGCCUCAGUCAGGCCCACCCAGGAGGAACAGUCCACAUCCCCCCCAGGGAAGGUAGUGACCAUCAGCUCUCGGAGUCCCCGCUGCUCUCGAAACCCAUCUGCCCUCCGAAGUAGCAAGACUUUUCCAUCUGGUUCUGCACCUUGUUCCCCAGGUUUAAGGAAUCCCCCAAGGCCUCUCUUGGUAGCUGGUUCCUCCAGCACAGGAAGCGGUGACUCAGACGGUGGCCUCUUUGCUGUACCAACAACUUUGCCACCCAAUAGUCGACAUGGAAAGCUCUUCUCUCCCAGUAAGGAGGCAGAACUGACUUUCAGGCAGCACCUGGACUCCAUCAGCAUACAGUCAGACUUCUUCUCACCAAAGCCCAAGAAACUACGCAAACGGCACUUACGAAAGCCACUUGUGGUCCAGAGGACGCUGCUCCCUAGACCUUCUGAAAACCAGUCCCACAAUGUGUGCUCCUUCUCCAUCCUGUCUAAUUCUCCUAUAGCUGGGAGAGGCUGGUUCAGGCCCAUCCAGUCUUCUCUGACCAAAGCAGCUCUGUCUCGACCGAUAGUGCCCAAGGUCCUCCCAUCUCAGGCCACUAGUCACCUGCCCAGUGCCAUCGACUUAGCAGCUCAAAGUGCUGGUAUCAUCCCUGGAAGUCCCUUGCCAGUUUUAGAUACUGAUGGUUCAUCUGGCAUCUCUCCACUGACUUCAGAACAAGUAACCACUGCCAUCUCGGGGCAGGGUGAUACUGGACCACACCAGAACAGAGAGCCUGUUACUUCCGUAAGGGGCACUAGUGACCCAUUUAUCAGCGUUCCAAGACCAGAGCAGGAGCCAAUGACAGACAGUUUCCAGGGAUCAUCUGUUCUGUCCUUACCUGAGCUGCCCAAGACUCAUCUCCAGAAUGGCCUUUCCACACCUUUACCCUCAUCAGAGAGCACCAGCACCCGGCUCUCCCCACCCAAUGUUUCUGCACUACUGGACAUAUCUCUACCUGGCCCACCUGAGGAUGUUCUUUCACAGGGAGAGCCUGCCACACAGAUCAGUGACUCUAUCAUUGAGAUUGCCAUCAGCUCUGGCCAGUAUGGUGAAGGAGUCCCUCUUUCUCCAGCAAAACUAAAUGGCAGUGACAGUUCCAAGAGUCUUCCCUCCCCAUCCAGCAGCCCCCAGCCCAACUGGAUUGCGUCUCCCACUCAUGACCCACAGUGGUACCCCAGUGACUCCACAGAUUCCUCGCUCAGCAGCUUGUUUGCCAGCUUCAUAUCCCCAGAGAAGAGCAAGAAGAUGCUACCAACUACUGCUGUUGGGGCCAACAGUGGCACAUCUUUGCUUGGCCCUAGCUUGUUGGAUGGAAAUUCAAGGGACUCUUUUGUGUCCAGGUCUCUUGCUGAUGUUGCAGAAGUGGUAGAUUCCCAGCUGGUGUGCAUGAUGAAUGAGAACAGCAUUGACUACAUAUCUCGAUUUAAUGACCUGGCACAAGAAUUGUCCAUUAAUGAACCUGGCCGACGAGAGGUUCUUUUUGAUGGUGGAGGAGGUGGUAAUCCUGUCGGUGACCUCUCUCAGUGACAGUGCCUUGUGACAUGGGCAUCCUGGAAUCCACAAGGGAAGUCUGCGGGGCUGGCCCAUGAAACUGUCUUCACAGUAGGGAGAGUGAAGCCCAGAAUCCCCAGAAGACGGUGAACCAGAGCACCUCCAACAGCAUACGAUGUGCAGCCCAUAGGAGCAACUGAGCAUGGCCUGUCCCAGCAAGCAGGGACAGUACCGUGUGCAGAGACCAGGACAAGCUCUGAGAAGGGUAGACAUCAGAAAUUCUUUGAGUAUCAGCCCCUCCUCAAUCCUGCAGGCUGUGUGGCAAUCCCACCUGUGUAUCUGCAUGUGAAGCCUUGUAGAGGGUCUCCUUCUUGCAAGAGACGUGCCUGGUGUUCCUUUGGGAGCUGUUAUCCUGUGUUCAGGAAGACCACAGCCACUGCUGCUUUCUUUCUGAUAUCCUUUCCCCACUUGGCUGUUGUGUAUGUAAUGAUGUUACAAGGGAUAGUGAGUAUGGAUCAGGCUCUUUCUUGGUGGUAUCUACAAGCUAAUACACUUUCUGAAUGCCUUGACGAUGAAGCAGAGAAGGAUCCUAGAGUCAGUAGCUAUCAGAAGUUUGGUUCUUCCUGACAUAAAAGGGGGAAAUGUAUGUCUUGUUGGUUGUGUGGAUGUUUUAUACAGUCCUACAAAGCUGGUUGGAAAUGGUUUUCUUGUGGUUUCAGAAUAGGAGACAUGGCCAGACAGCGGUGAUGCAUACCUUUAAUUCCAGCACUCGGGAGGCUGAGGCAGGCAGAUCUCUGUGAGUUCUGUCUCGAAAAACAAAACAAAAAGAAGUAGACAUGAACAAGGAAUAUUAAGAGUCCUCUAUCUAGGUGGCUUUGCUCUUUUCCUGUGCUUGAUGCUUAAACACCAGUUCUUUCUAGGUAAAUCUAAGAUACCAUUCUACUUGCCUGCCCCCCGCACACAAUACACUGCUGUGUCUAUAAAGCUUUUGUGUGUGCUCUAAUUUUUUUAUGUAUUAUUGGUAGUGUCUGAAGGGUGUCUUUACCCCAGGCUGCCUCUCUUCCUAUUCUGGAACUUAAGCAGGGUUCACAUGUCAGAGUAUGUUAAGAGCUCACCACUUGGUGGUGUUUUAACAGCUCUUUUCUGGACCCCAACUAUGGUCAGCAAUCAUGAUUGAGGCCAUCCUGCUUAGAAUGGCGCCAACAAGAAUUUUGCUCUCUUAGAUCCUUGCAGCACAGUCACUCUCCUGGCCCCAGUGUGUUCAGGGUGAACAGGUGACGUGCGCAGUACCCUCUCACCAAUCCCUCUCCACACAGCAGCCAGGACUGACAGGUCCUUUUCUUCUUUUUUCUUUUCUUCACUUUGGCAAGGUUUUUCUGUACAGCCCUGGCUGUCUGUUGUGUAAUUCAAUCUGUAGACCAGGCUGGCCUGGAACUCAGAGAUCUGCCUCCCAACUGCUGGGAUUAAAAGCGCGCACCACCACACUCGGCUUGACAGUCCCUGACUCCUGAAACUGUCACCUCUGCUCUCUACCUGUUCCCUCCUUCCUUGCAGAGUAGUCCCUGAGACCAUCCUAGGUGCUUGCUUCUCAGUCUGCAGUGAGGAAAGGGAUGGGAACUUCCCUUGAUCCAGUUGUCUCACCAGCUACUGCAAACCCUAGAAUGCAGAUUCCACUGCAAGAACUGAGAGGAUACUGGUUCUUGACAGCAAAUUCCUUUACCUCCUAGCCUCCUCCUUUCACUGGUACCUGUAAAGGAUCUGCCCCAGAUCCUGGCAUGUAUCCCCUAGGUCUGGUAAGUCUAAAACCCUUAGAAGAUGAGAAGAGCUGUGAGCGGUGCUGUUAGGAAGACUGCUGAAGUCCCUGGCGUAGUGUACCUUUACCCAGUGUGCUUCAGCAUGCCUUUACUUAGCCGCAGGUUUUAGAUCUCGGGACUGUAGCAUGAUUAGGAUACUAGACUCAGCCGAGAUCAUUGCUAAUUGCCCUUCCACUAUUUCAAGCAGACUUUCCCACGUUAAGAAUGGGUGCUCUUGGCAUCCUGUUAACUGAGCAUAUAGCAAAAGGCAGUUGGGUUCCUGAGCUGAUUCCCAUCAGGCAAUGAAUGCCUUGAGGCACAUGUAACUCUGUGAUCUCUAAAAGAAGCUGAGACUGCUUUGAACAGCAGAGGCUACAACCCUUGUCUUCUAGCAGAAAGCAGGGGUGGAAUGAGCUGAUUCUUUACUGCAGGGAACCUGAUAGGAAUCCAGAAGAAUCUACUGCUUCUUUAACAGCCAGACGGGCAUAUUUGCUCAUCAUCAUCAUAUUAAAGGACAAACAGUGGCAUUUGUAGCUGAGAAUCAGUGGGUAUAACUUCUCACAACUUAAUCAAAUAUCCAUACAUAAAUCUGGAAACUGCUAAAGGUUAGAAAUUUGUAAAGACAGCAAGAAAGCCUCCUUUCUGCAUCUUUCUCUGCCUUUCCAUCAGUUUUGAUGGCUCCUGUUCACCUAGGGCUUCCUUUGUGUAUUGGAACUUAGUGUGAUAUACAUGAGAUCACCCCUAUCCCCAGGUUCUCUGUGUAAUCCUGACUGUUCUCGAACUCAAGGAGAUCCGCCAGCCUCUGCCUCCUAUGUGCUGGAUAAGGACAUAUCCAGCUGGAUAAAGGUGUGUGCUACCACCACCAGGCUAAGAAAAUUUUCUGUUAAUACUAAUGUCUUAGACUUUUUGUUGAUUUGUCUUUUCAAAAAGAUUGAGAUCCAGUAUCUCUGGUGCUUGGUGUGGAUUAUUCCCUAGAAAAGAUGCUCAGGCAAGUUGAAGUUCAUAUAUCCUGUAGAGGCAUAGUACUUGCUCAGGGAGUAUGACUUUGGGGACAUUUCAUAUGUUGGUCAACCUUUUUUCCCACCUUGUUCUUUUUUCAUUCCUUGUGGCCUCACUGCUAGGGGAUGUCUCAUACAGUUAAAUCGCAUUUUUAACCAGACCACAUUAUUAGAAAUGGUAAUAACAAGCUUAGAUGGAAAUUGUUUUAUGUACUUUUAAAAACAUCUGCCAGGCGCAUUCAUGAGGAAAUACCGUACUUUGUCUCUAAUUUAAAAGAAAAAAAAAGAGGAAAAUUUAAUUUGAAAAAAGAAAACCACAGUAUACCGUUCCAAGAGGAUCGCCUGAUGAGGUCGGUCAGUCCAGUUUUGGAAGCACUGUACCAGCCAACCCUUACUAGUUAGUAAGAUCGCAGGCAGGAGGGCUGCAGCCUGCAGGCAGGACUCAGUGCUGUUUGCUUUGAUAAUCGUUAAGCCAUAUCAUCUGAGGUUUCCGGCUUGAGAUGUGAAUUUGUUUUAUAAACUAUAAAUAUACAGUGUAUGUAUAAAGCAGAAUGCCUGUCCUGAUUAUUUUUUGUACCAUAUUGUAAAUUACAUUAUUUAUUCUUUACCAAUUUUUUGGGAAUAAAAGGUGUUUUGGUUAUUUAAUAUAAUAAACAAAAACUGUUAAACUUCAGCUAAAA